CAGUACUCGCAGAGGGCAGACGGCAGAGGCGCCACCAAAGCCGGGUUUUCAUCAGAAAAAGAUGGCGCCAAAGCCAGGGAUGGAGCAAUGAUAUGGAGGGAGGGACGACACGACACGGAGAUGGCCGAGACGCGAACAAGAAGCCGAUCAUGCGGAAUAUGCACCGAAAAAUCAUCCUACACAGACAGACAGACGCAGCGCGCCGGCACGCCACAACCAAAGAACACGCGGCAAUGGCGGGAAGGCGAGAGGAGGGGGAUGGAGGAGAGGUGCAGCGGCAGGUGGAAGAAGAGGAGGAGGAGGAUUACAUCGACAUGGACCUGAGCAGCUCUGCCGGGGCGCGGGAGUUCGAGUUCAUGUCGGCGCCGCUGGACCGGUGGGGGGAGCCACUGGCGUCGCCGGCGGACGAGCUCUUCUACAAGGGGAAGCUGCUGCCGCUGCACCUGCCGCCGCGCAUCCAGAUGGUGGAGGAGCUCCUGGACGGCCGCGGGGGAUGUAGCAGAGGCGGCAGCAGGGAGCUUCUCCACCACCUCCACGGCAUCAGCAUCAGCACCGCCCCGGCGACUCCGUACGAGUCGUGCAACGCGUCGCCGGCCAACUCGUGCUACGUCAGCGGGGAGCUCAACGUCGAGGAGUACUUCCAGGAGUACGCGGCCGGCCUGGCGCUGGCAGACGACGACGCCGCGGCGGCGACCGGCGGGGAGAGGAAGCCGUGGUCCAGGAAGCUCAGGUUCAUGAGGCAGCUCAACCUCGGGCUCAGGCUCAAGGCGUCCAAGGCGUACCUCAAGACCAUCUUCGCAGCCAAUAAGCCGGGGAACCCGGACGAUCUUGGCGCGGCGAGGGGAGCAAGGGAGGAGCUCGCCCAUGGGCAACCCAGGGCGUGGAGGAAGAAGAACCCGUUCGCCCAGAUCAGAAGCAACAGGUGCAUCGCCUCCCACACCGGCGGCGUCGGCGUCGUCGGCGGCAGCAGCCGUGCCGCCGCACCCGCAGGAGGCCGGUACAAGGAGCGCGAGCACGGGCACAGGCGGUCCUUCUCCAGCGUCAUCGUCCGGUACUCCUCGUCGAACAAGACGUCCUCCGUCCCUGCGCUGCCGUCGUCCUCGUCGUCCUCGUGCUCGUCGUCGUCGUCGAGCUCGUCAGCCUCCUCGUCGGUCCGGACCUCGAGCGAGUCCGACGGCGCGGGCCCGGCGCUGAGGAGGAGCAGCAGCGCGAGCUCCGAGGUGGAGAACCCCAUCCAGGGGCUCAUCGCCUACUGCAAGAAGUCCCAGCAGCUGGCCUCUGUCAGGAAGAGCGCCAGCGACGCCGGCUUCCGCUUCCUGUCGUCGGCGGCGUCCAAGAUCGCCGCCGAGUCGGACAGCCUUGAUGAGCUCACCGAGAUUUGCAGGGGAUGAUGAUAUGGUAGUGCCAUGAAUCCCUGAUGAUUGUACAAUGAUGCAAAUGCGUUCUGGGGAUUUUGUGAAAAAAAAAACUAAAACUUGUGGUGUUGACCACCCUGUGUCAUGAUGAUAUUGUUCAAAUGAAUGACAUCUGAACUUUGAACAUUGACUGUUUCCAGUACAUUACUCUAUGCAAUAGCUGUAAAAUUUUCCAUGGAUGAGUAAAAUCAAUAGCAAAGUCUUGCUUCCAUUACAUCACUUUAGAAUUGUCUCUGAUAAGCACUGAUAGACAAGUACUCCUACUCUACUCCGUUUUCUCGAGAAAGAAAAGUAUUCAUGGGCACAUGUUCAGAUAGUAUGCUGCAGCAAGAAAACAUGCUUGAAGUCAUUUGGCUCUAAGCCAUGGCAGAAAGUAUGCUGAAUUGCUGAAUGACUGGUAGAUUCGGCUGAUAAGCUCAAGCAAACAGACUGAUUAAGUCAGAGUCAUGAUUUGCUGAAGGGAGCAAGAGCAAAUCUGCUUGUCUGCAUAUGUUUCAACUUUCAAGCAAGCCUAGAACCCUAGAUUCAUCCAGAAAAAAUGUAC